CACGUUCGAUAGUGCAUGUUUCCACUUGCCUAACCAUGAGAUUCACCAUUCCCAAGGUUGAGAGACCUCAUCUCAAGGUUGCACAGCCGAAGUCAACAUUCGCUGAAGGCAAUUCACGAUGGACGAACAAAGACCUUGACCCAGUGCCUCCCGCCCGUCGCAAAUGGGGUGUGGUCUCCUUCAUCAGCUACUGGAUCUCGGACGCAUUCAACGCCGCCACCUGGCAAUUUGCCUCUGCGAUCGUUGCUGUGGGAUUGACAUGGCGUGAGUCCUUGGGGAUUGUCGCCUUGAGUUUCUUCAUCAUAUCCUGGGUGAUCGCGUUCAAUGGCGCCAUUGGUGUUUUACACCACGUCCCUUUUCCCGUUAUUGCUCGAGCGUCCUGGGGAUUCUGGGGUUCCUACGUGGCUAUAAUUUCUCGUGCAAUCCUGGCCAUAUUUUGGUUCUCAAUCCAGACGAUGAAUGGUGCCAAUAACGUCCGUGUGAUGAUUGGGGCCAUCUGGCCGUCAUUCCUGACUCUUCCGAACCAUAUCCCGGAGUCACAAGGCAUCGACACGGCCACCAUGAUCUCCUUCUUCAUCUUCUGGCUGUGUCAGUUGCCAUUUGUGUGCAUGCAUCCUAAUCAAUUACGGUUUCUGUUCAUGGCGAAGUCCAUCAUCGUCCCCGCUGCAUGGCUGGCCGUAAUGAUUUGGGCAUUUGCAUCGACGAAGGGACACGAUAUCUUCCAGCAGCGUGCCACCGUAUCCGGGUCGGCUUACAGCUGGGCUUUCUUGUCUUCAAUGACCUCCACCAUCGGCAACUACGCGACUCUCUCGGUCAACCAAGCAGAUUUUUCGCGCUACUCACGCGUGUCAGUCAAAUGGCAGUGCAUGUACGUUCCCAUGCUACCGCUCUUCUUCACAUUUAUCGCCUUCAUCGGCAUCGUCUCGGCUUUGGCUGGAAGCUACCAUUGGGGAGUGGUCGAAUGGGAUCCCAUGGCUCUGGUCUCGCAUUGGGACAAUCGCGCCGCUAGAUUCUUUGCGGCAUUUUCUUUCGCCCUCGCUGCGCUGGGCGUCAACAUCUCGGCAAACAGUCUCUCGGCCGCUAACGAUCUGAUGGCCCUUGCUCCACGGUUCAUCAACAUGCGUCGAGGACAACUCAUCACGGCAUUCAUCUGCUGGGCGCUUGUUCCAUGGAAGAUACUGGCCUCGGCAGGAACGUUUCUUAAUUUUAUGAGUAGCUAUGCCAUUUUCCUGGGUCCUAUAGCAUCAAUUAUGCUAUUCGACUUCUGGGUGAUCCACAAGCGCAAGUACGACACAAUUGCAUUGUACAAUCCCCACGGCAUCUACCGCUAUACCUACGGUGUCAACUGGCGGGCAAUAGUGGCAUUCCUCGUGGGUGUUGCACCCUCUUUACCAGGGUUCGUCAAUGGAAUCAACAACAACGUCGACGUUGGCGUGGGCGUCCACCCUUACCAGUUUGGUUGGUUGCUUGGCUUCGUUGCGACGGCGUUGGUUUAUACGACAUUGUCGCUUGUCUUCCCAGCUAGAGAGACCUUCAUCGAGCAUGCUUUGCGACCGGAUGAGGUUUUCGCCCAGCAGGGGCAGGUUGUGGAAGAGGACGGCGGUGCACCACGCGUGGAACAGAUUGAUCCAGAGAAGAGAGGGAUCCGACAGCGACUCGAGAAGUUCUUGUGAUGUUCAGCCAACUGUGUGUGAAGUGAGGCCAGUGCGUUGUUGGCUGGUCAUUGACACUCAGGAGCAAUCGUGGAGGGAAAUUUUGACAUGCGGUAGUAUCGAUGCUGUCGCUGGCAGUACCUCAGACGACAAUGGUACAAUUGGUUGAGAUCGGUGAUUUGUUCACCCAAUUGCCAUUCCCAACACUGGGUGCGUGAAGGCGCCAACUUGAAUUUAAUCGUCAGGGAAACUUCGUCACGCACCGAGGCUGCCCUUGGGGUCUGCUCUUGACUUCUUCACAGAUCUGUCUUUCAUACACCUUCGGAGAGCUUGUCUCUACAAUACCUUACCACUGGACCACGAGGUACGGUCAGAAUCGCUCUCCAAAGUCACUUUCUAGCCUUUGCAGCGGUGAAAGUCCAGUGAAGUUCGUGUCGACCGCCUUCACCUUUUUUCCGCCGCACCGAGCAAACAACUGGAACAUUCUGCCGCACCAAACAAACAACUGG